AUGUCUCCUGCUGCCGUCAAGCCCUUCAGCGAGCGUCCCAAGGGCGACAUCUGCCUCCUCUUCGAUGUCGAUGGCACCAUCACCCCCAACCGUCGCCAAGCGUCGCAGGAGAUGCUCGACCUCUUGAAGCAGGUUCGCGAGAUUGCCGUCAUCGGCUUUGUCGGUGGAUCCGACCUCGCCAAGCAGACGGAGCAGCUCGCCAUCCACGGCCAAAACGUCACCGACGACUUUGACUUCUGCUUCUCCGAGAACGGCUUGACUGCCUUCCGUCUCGGCCAGCAGCUCGCGAGCCAGAGCUUCAUCGGCUGGCUCGGCGAGGACAAGUACAAGAAGCUCGUCAAGUUUGUCCUCCACUACAUCGCCGACCUCGACAUCCCCGUCAAGCGCGGUACCUUCAUCGAGUUCCGUAACGGCAUGGUCAACAUCUCACCCAUCGGCCGUAACGCAUCGAUCAAGGAACGUGACGAGUUCGAGAAGUAUGACAAGGUCCACCAAAUCCGCGCCAAGCUUAUCGAGGAGCUCAAGAAGGAGUUCCCCGACUACGGCCUCACCUACUCGAUCGGCGGCCAGAUCUCGUUCGACGUCUUUCCGUUUGGAUGGGAUAAAAGGUUUUGUCUGCCCGAGGUCGAGAAGGAGAACUUCAAGGAGAUCCACUUUUUCGGAGACAACACGCAGAAGGGUGGCAACGACAACGAAAUCUACGAGGACCCGCGCACGAUCGGUCACGCUGUCAAGUCUCCUGCUGACACGAUGGCCAUCCUCCGGGAGAUGUUCAAGCUCUGA